AGAAGAAGAAGAAAAACAACCUUCCUCUUCGUCUUAACAGACGUUACAAAACCAGCUGAGCUCGCAGCCCCGGCAGUGCUUUUCUAAUGCUUCGCAGCGAAUGGGGUUUGAUCAGUUCUGUAGCGUGGACAGGUCCGAUCCCCUGUGGGAUUGGAACCGUACAUGGUACACCGAUAAUCCUGACUUCACCCAGUGUUUCCAGAACACUGUGUUGGUGUGGCUGCCAUGCUUCUACCUUUGGAUAUGUGCACCGUUUUACCUCGUCUACCUCCAUACCCAUGACCAUGGAUAUAUAUGUAUGAAUCACCUCAACAAAGCCAAAACUGCUGUUGGCUUUUUACUUUGGAUUAUCUGCUGGUCAGAUGUGUUUUAUUCUUUCUGGGAAAGGAGUCACGUGAGCAGCCCAGCACCUGUCCGCCUCGUCAGUCCGACCUUACUGGGCCUCACCAAGCUGUUGGCUGUCAUGUUAAUCCACUAUGAGCGGAUGAAGGGGGCUCAAUCAUCAGGGGUGAUGCUGAUCUACUGGCUGCUGGCACUGCUGUGUGCCACUGUCACCUUCAGGUCAAAGGUCUUCCAGGCCUUGGAGCAGCCUCAGACAGUGUGUGUGUGGAGGUACACCACCUUCUACAUCUACUAUGCUCUGCUGCUGAUUGCUCUGUUCCUGUCCAGCCUGACUGACCAGCCACCCCUCUUUUCCCGGGAUGUUAAAGACUCGAAUCCGUGCCCUGAGCCUGGAGCAUCUUUCCUCUCCAGAAUAACCUUCUGGUGGAUCACCAGAAUGAUGAUGACAGGCUACAGGCGCCCACUGGAGCAGAAGGACCUGUGGUCUUUGAACGCUGAGGACUGCUCCCACAGAGUGGUCCCACAGUUGGUCAAACGCUGGAACACACAGUGCCAAAAAUUUAAAAGGUCAGAGGAGAAAAUGCUGUACUCGUCCAAGCGAGUGCCCCAUAGUGAAAACUCUCAGGGCCAAGCUGUGGAAGAGUCUGAGAUCUUGAUUCUGAGACCUCGAAAGAAAAAUAAAGAGCCCUCACUGCUGUGGGCCUUGUGCCUCACGUUUGGGCCCUACUUCUUCAUCUCCUGUAUCUACAAAUUAAUCCAGGACAUCCUAAUGUUUGUUGGCCCUGAGAUCCUGCGACUGCUUAUCCAGUUUGUCAAUGAUUCCAGCGCCCCCUCCUGGCAGGGCUACUUCUACGCUGCUCUGCUCUUCGUCUGCACCUCCGUGCAGUCACUCAUCCUGCAGAAGUACUUUCACGUAUGCUUUGUGUCAGGCAUGCGCUUACGCACUGCAGUCAUUGGAGCCGUCUAUAGGAAGGCCUUGGUCAUCAGCAGCGCGGCACGGCGAACCUCUACAGUGGGAGAAAUCGUCAACCUGAUGUCAGUGGACGCGCAGCGCUUCAUGGAUCUCAUCACAUACAUCAACAUGAUAUGGUCUGCUCCUCUGCAGGUGGUCCUGGCCCUCUACUUUCUUUGGCAGAACCUGGGUCCGUCUGUGCUGGCUGGAGUGGCUGUGAUGGUCCUCAUGGUUCCUGUUAAUGCUGUCAUUGCAAUGAAAACCAAAGCUUACCAGGUGGCUCAGAUGAAGAGUAAAGACAAUCGCAUUAAGCUGAUGAAUGAGAUGCUGAAUGGCAUCAAAGUGCUGAAGCUUUAUGCCUGGGAGCUGGCCUUCAAAGGAAAGGUGUCAGAAAUUCGUGAAAGUGAGCUGCGUGUCCUGAAAAAGGCUGCCUACCUGGGGGCGGUGUCCACCUUCACCUGGGUCUGUGCACCAUUCCUUGUGGCCCUGUCAACCUUCGCCGUGUACGUACUGAUUGAUGAACAAAACGUGCUGGACGCCCAGAAGGCCUUUGUGUCGCUGGCACUCUUCAACAUCCUGCGUUUUCCUCUCAACAUGCUGCCGAUGGUCAUUAGUAGCAUGGUGCAGGCCAGCGUGUCCCUGAAGCGACUCAGGGUGUUUCUGUCACACGAGGAGCUGCAGGUGGACAGUGUGGAGCAUAAAGCAGCAGAAGGCUCCCAGCACAGCAUCUCUGUGACCGACGGGGCUUUCACCUGGUCCAGGACCGAAUCACCAACACUCAAGAGGCUGAAUAUAAAUAUCCCAGAAGGCUCUCUGGUGGCUGUGGUGGGACACGUGGGCUCGGGAAAGUCCUCGCUGCUCUCGGCACUUCUUGGAGAGAUGGACAAACUUGAAGGAUCUGUCACUGUUAAGGGUUCUGUGGCGUAUGUUCCCCAGCAGGCCUGGAUCCAGAAUUCCUCUUUAAAAGACAACAUAAUCUUUGGUCAAGAGAGGAGACAGUCCUGGUAUCAGCAUGUGGUGGAGGCAUGUGCCCUUCAGCCUGACCUUGAGAUACUUCCUGCAGGAGAUGACACUGAGAUAGGAGAGAAGGGAGUGAACCUGUCAGGAGGUCAGAAGCAGCGGGUGAGCCUGGCCAGGGCCGUCUACUGUGAUCGUGCCGUCUACCUGCUGGAUGACCCGCUGUCUGCUGUCGAUGCUCACGUAGGGAAACACAUCUUUGAUCAAGUCAUCGGCCCACAGGGACUGCUGAAGGACAAGACUCGUGUGCUGGUCACCCACGGCUUGAGCUACCUGCCCCAAGCUGACUUGAUCCUGGUCAUGAUGAAGGGGGAGAUCUCAGAGGUGGGCUCGUACCAGCACCUCAUGGCCACAGAGGGAGCCUUUGCAGAGUUCCUGCGAACUUACGCUGCAGUCGACAAAGCUGAUAACAGUGAGCCUGUGCCAAACAGCAGCAUCCAACUACUGGAGAACGGCAGCGUGCCCACUCUUGCUGGCAGUCCAGGUGUCUGCACUGCAUCCAAACAGUCAGCCAAAGCAGACGAGGAGCUGAGCAAGAAGCCCAAGAAUCCCGAGGUGGGGAAGCUGACGGAGGCUGACAAGGCCAGCACUGGGCAGGUUAAGCUGUCUGUCUUCUGGGCCUAUUUUAAGUCCAUUGGAGUGCUUCUGUCCUGCAUCAGUCUUCUGCUGUUUCUUGCCCAUCACCUGCUCUCCCUGUUCUCCAACUACUGGCUGAGUCUGUGGACCGAUGACCCUGUGGUUAAUGGCACGCAGCCUAAGAGACUAAUGAGACUGGGGGUGUAUGGUGCCUUUGGCCUGUCUCAGGGUGUGGCUGUCUUUGGAUACUCCCUGUCCAUGUCUAUUGGGGGUGUUCUGGCGUCCCGGUACCUCCACCAGUCCAUGUUGUACGAUGUCCUGCGCUCACCUAUGUCCUUUUUUGAGCGAACCCCCAGUGGUAACCUGGUCAACCGCUUUGCCAAAGAGAUGGACACCAUUGACACGCUGAUCCCCAGCAUUAUUAAGAUGUUCCUGGGCUCCAUGUUCAACGUGCUGGGCUCUUGUGUUAUCAUCCUGAUUGCCACACCUCUAGUCAGUAUCAUCAUUCCUUUCCUGGGUCUGCUCUAUUUUUUUGUGCAGAGGUUUUAUGUGGCGUCAUCUCGCCAGCUGAAGCGUCUGGAGUCGGUCAGUCGUUCCCCAAUUUACACCCACUUCAAUGAAACCCUGCUGGGCACGUCGGUUAUCCGAGCCUUCUGUGAGCAGGAGCGUUUCAUCCAUGAGAGUGACCAGCGCGUGGACUAUAACCAGAAGGCUUACUAUCCCAGCAUAGUGGCUAACAGGUGGCUGGCGAUUCGCCUGGAGUUUGUGGGAAACUGCAUUGUGUCAUUUGCUGCUUUGUUUGCUGUCAUAGCCAGACAGAGCCUCAGCCCAGGCAUCAUGGGACUGUCCAUCUCCUACGCCCUCCAGCUAACUACCUCACUUACCUGGCUGGUUAGGAUGUCUUCUGAUGUGGAAACCAACAUCGUGGCUGUGGAGAAAGUGAAAGAAUACAGCGACACAGAGAAAGAGGCAGAGUGGAAACACGAGCCCUCCACCCUUUCCCCAGGCUGGCCUACUAAUGGCUGCAUAGAGAUGAGAAACUUUGGCCUGCGCUACCGCCAAGAUUUGAAUCUGGCCAUCCGCAACAUUACCAUCUCCAUUAACGGAGGAGAGAAGGUGGGGAUCGUGGGACGCACGGGUGCAGGGAAGUCUUCCCUAACGCUGGGGCUCUUCCGCAUCAUCGAGGCAGCCGAGGGCCAAAUAUUCAUCGAUGGAGUGGACAUUGCCAAGCUUGGCCUCCAUGAGCUUCGUUCCAGAAUCACCAUCAUACCACAGGACCCGGUGCUGUUUUCAGGCUCCUUGAGGAUGAACUUGGAUCCUUUUGACUCCUACAGUGACGAGGAAGUGUGGCGGGCUUUGGAAUUCUCCCAUCUUAAGACCUUUGUGUCCAGCCUGCCCAACAAGCUUAACCACGACUGCAGUGAAGGAGGAGAGAACCUGAGUGUGGGUCAGCGGCAGCUGCUGUGCCUAGCCAGAGCUUUGCUGAGGAAGACCAGAAUCCUCGUUCUCGAUGAGGCCACGGCAGCUGUAGACAUGGAGACGGAUAACCUGAUCCAGUCCACCAUCCGCUCUCAGUUUGAGGACUGCACUGUCCUCACCAUAGCUCAUCGCCUCAACACCAUCAUGGACUACACCAGGGUUUUGGUGUUGGAGAAUGGAGUGAUGGCAGAAUUUGACUCACCCUCCAAUCUCAUCAGUCAGAGAGGUGCCUUUUACAAGAUGGCCAAGGAUUCUGGACUGGUCUGAAGCUGGGGACUGUCAUUAUGUCGGGCCUCCUGUCUCCUGCUGCAGAGAGCUGAUGUUUCCAAUGAGAGGGACACAGUCCUACGUGCCAAUGACCUUCUUCUUUGCUUUGAAACUAGCAGCAGUUUUCAUUGCACAAGAAGGCUGGGCCUACUUAUAUAAAGAGAAUAUCACAACCAGCAGUGUGGGGUUUGUUUGUGUUGCCCUGACAAAGCUCAUACCACAUAUCAAGAUUACCACGUGAAUAUUAAAGCCCCCACAUUUUUAUGAUGGGAUAAAGAAGCCUGACCUGUGGGUCUGCUUCUUUUAUCCACACUGUCCACUGUUAAACUCCUCAACAAUAUGCUUUCAUCAUCAUUAUUACAGGAGUAAAUACGAGUCGAUUACAGAAAAUAUUUCAUACAAGCAGUAAUUCUGGAGCUGAGGCACAGCUUGAUUGUACCCUGUGCAUGCAUGCACACUAAAAGAGGAAAUUAGUUUAAAUGUAAGGAAUCAGGAAUGUUCUAGUUGGAGAGAUUUCCAGUUUAACCUUUGUAACAGGGAAGGAUGUGGGACAUGGUGCGACCAAGCUGAUUGGUCAGAAUUAUACAUCAAUCACAAAGAAAAUACAGACGCACAGCUGAUGUCACUGGACUGUUACUUCUCAUUCAGCGCUGAUUAUUUAUUGUCUUUCAGUUACAGCUUUACAUCGUGCUUUUGCUGAAUGUGUCGGAGGCUUUAUUCAUGUAAGAAAUGGUUUUAGAGCUUAUUUUUUUGAUUAUUAAAACAAAGACUGUUGUCCUGUCUUUGGUAUGCAGCCAAAUCUGUCCUGCACUUUGCUUGCACUCUGUUUUCAGCGGUACGUUGCCUCCGAUGGAGUCAUCGGAAACAGGUCAACUAUGGGAUGGGGACAAACUGUUUGAAUCUACAUGUUGUGUAUCUUUGGAAAUGUAUAUACCUGCCUUACAUAAAUAAAAUUAGACAAUGGCAACAAAUGAACCAAAAUGUGUUAAAUAGUGUAUCUGUGACAGCAGUUUUCAUGUUGCUUAUGUUAAAUGGCUUUGUGUGGUUGUUUGAUGUGUGAAGUCCGUUUCUAUAGUUUACACUACAGAGCUUAGCUUUUCACAGGUGUUAGGAGUGUGCUGGUCCACUUUAGACACUCAGCCACAGUGCAGUCUGUUAUGUUUCAGUUAUGCACACGGGUGGUGUUUUACCACUGCUCUGCAUACACACUGCUGACAAAUUAAAAGAAA